AUGCUCAUAAUUACCAUCACCUGCCAGGACCAGCGCUUACAGACACCCAUGUACUUCUUCCUCAGCAGUUUCUCCUUUGUGGAGUGUUGUUUUAUCACUACCGUUAUCCCCCAGCUGCUAGCCAUCUUUCUUUCAGGGAGGCAAAGGAUUUCCUUUGUAGCCUGCUUCACACAAGCCUUUGUCUUUCUUUUCCUGGGGGCAACGGUGUUUUUCCUUCUGGCUGUGUUGUCCCUGGACCGGUAUCUGGCCAUCUGCAAACCUCUGCAUUAUCCCACCAUCAUGAGCCCAAGGAUGUGCUUCUUUCUCGUUGCUGUCUGUUUAGUUCUGGGGUUCCUCUUCAUGGCCGUUCCAGUUGCAAUGCUUUCCCAGUCAUUUUACUGUGGCCCCAAUGUUAUUCCUCACUUUUUCUGUGAUUUUGGACCACUGGCAAAUCUCUCCUGUUCAGAAACCAGGUCUAUCGAAAUGCUGUUUUUUAAUCUUGCUUUAAUUGUGCUUUUUGCAACCCUUUUUAUAGCCAUCUUUGCAUACAGCAAUAUAGUCGUCACGAUCGUGCGUCUCCCAUCAGCCAGGGAGCGACAGAAAGCUUUCUCCACCUGUUCCUCCCACCUCAUCGUCCUCUCGCUGAUGUUCGGCAGCUGUGUGUUCAUAUACGUGAAACCGAAGCAGUCAAGCAGGCUGGACACCAACAGAGAGGCUGCUCUCGUGAACACGGUGGUGACGCCGCUCCUGAACCCUGUCAUCUACACCCUGCGCAACAAGCAGGUCCACCAGGCUCUGAGGGAUGCACUGUCCAGGGUCAUACUGCACAGAUAA